AGAUAUUCGCCUCGGCGGCGAACGUGAGCUCGCGGACUUUUCAGUUCCCGGUGGCUUCGCGCGCGAGCCACACGCACGCACCUUUUACUCUCCGCGCGAUCGCACCUGUGUCAGUUCCCCCUCUUUUCCGAGCGUCCGCAAGUGAUCGGUCGGUUUUUAGUUGUUGUUCAGUGAAGUGCUCUGGUGGUGCGCUUUUGGACAAUUCGCCGAUUCCUGCAGUGCACGAGACAUGGAGUCAGGUGCGAGCGGAACGGUGGCACCGGCCGGGCCGGUAGCCUCGCUGGAGCUGAAGACUCGCCGGGCCCAGUUUAAGACCCAGGCCUCGACAGUCGCCACGAGGCGCAAACACGCCGUUUGCGUCCGUCGGGCGUUCAAGAAAUACGGCCCCAAGAGCAACCCCAACGUCAUCCUCGAUGGGCUCAACAUGACCGUACCCAAAGGCACGAUCUACGGACUGUUAGGCGCCAGUGGCUGUGGAAAAACGACCCUCCUGUCCUGCAUAGUUGGUCGCCGUCGACUGAACUCAGGCGAGAUAUGGGUCCUGGGAGGACGUCCAGGUUCCAAAGGCUCUGGAGUACCGGGACCACGUGUUGGUUACAUGCCUCAAGAGAUCGCGUUGUACGGCGAGUUCUCCAUUCGUGAGACCUUCAUAUUCUUCGGCUGGUGCGCCGGUAUGAGCACAGAUCAGGUCGACGUGAAGCUCGAGUUUCUGCUCAAGUUCCUACAACUGCCCUCCGAGAACCGCUUCGUCAAAAACCUCUCAGGUGGUCAGCAACGUCGUGUCUCCUUGGCCGCUUCCCUCCUGGCUGAUCCAGAGCUGCUGAUUCUGGACGAGCCGACGGUUGGCGUUGACCCAGUGCUGCGUCAGAGCAUCUGGGACCAUCUGGUACAGAUCACGAAGGACAGCAAAACCACCAUCAUCAUCACCACCCACUACAUCGAGGAGACUCGUCAGGCUGGUAUCAUCGGUCUCAUGAGAAGCGGACGCUUUUUGGCUGAAGAGUCGCCCAGAAGACUCAUGGAGAUGCACAGACUCGACACCCUGGAAGAGGUGUUCCUGAAACUGAGUAGGAGACAGAACAUGGGCUUGAGGAGGAGGAGUAGUAUCCUCAGCAGUGUAACCGGUGUACCACCUGAACCUGAUGCGGAUGAAGAAAUGAGCGGAGAGUUCGGUGACAACGUUAGCAUAUCUAGUCGAAGGAGAAGCAUAGCUGUGACAUCCGACGAUGACCCGCUGGAUCUGCCUCCAGAGGAAGAGGGCUCCACCAAAUUCCAGUGGCUGAAUCCACAACACAUGAAAGCUUUAAUUUGGAAGAACUUCUUAUGGAUGUGGAGAAACGUUGGAAUGAUGCUGUUUAUCAUCGGUCUUCCCGUGGUCCAAAUAAUCCUGUUCUGCCUGUCGAUCGGCAAAGACCCGGUAGGCUUACGCCUGGCAAUCGUUAACAACGAACUGAACUCGAGCAUGGAACCGUGCAUCCCCACAAUAGGCUGUAAUCUAACGCUACUCAGCUGUCGGUUCUUGCAACAUCUGGAAAAACGGAAGGUCAUCUACGUUCCUUACGAUACGGACGAAGAAGCUAUACACGCCGUGGAAAAGGGCUGGGCCUGGGGCACCAUCAACUUUCCCGGAAACUACUCGGCUUCGCUGAUGGAAAGGAUAGAUUACGGCAAAGACGCUGACGAGUUCAGUAUCAUGUACGCGGACAUGCACGUCACUAUGGAUAUGUCGAAUCAGCAGAUCGGACAACUGCUGCAGCGAGAUCUUUACUACUCGUUCCAGGAGUUCUCGAAGGACAUCACCAAGUCUUGCAACUACAGCGAUAAGCUGGCUGACAUACCCGUAUCGUUCAAGGAACCGAUUUACGGACCGUCCAACCCCAACUUUACCGAUUUCGCUGCGCCUGGUGUCAUCUUAACGAUCAUCUUCUUCUUGUCGGUCGCUCUGACGUCCGGUGCCAUGUUGCUGGAGAGAAACGAAGGUUUGCUUGAGAGAAGUUUAGUCGUCGGUGUCACCGGUACCGAGGUUCUCUUCGGCCAGGUUGUCACGCAUUUCGUCGUCAUGGUUUGGCAAACCAUCAUGGUCCUGGUGGUGGCCUUCGCCGUGUUCAAAGUCACAUGCGAGGGCGAGGUCGUCUGGGUCACUCUGCUAACGAUUCUUACCGGAUUGUGUGGCAUGUGCUUCGGUUUCGUAGUGGCCUGCUCAUGCGACAACGAGCGCAGCGCCACCUACAUGGCGAUGGGCUCGUUCUUACCGAUCGUCAUGUUGUGCGGCGUUAUCUGGCCGAUCGAAGGUAUGCACCAUGUGCUCAGGUACAUCAGCUUCUUACUGCCGUUGACCAAGAGUACCGAGUCCUUCCGAUACAUGCUCGCUCGUGGUUGGACUAUGGAAGAGCCUGCUGUCUACGAAGGCUUCAUCGCCACCUUCAUCUGGAUCGUCGUGUUCCUCACCAUAGCCAUACUCCUGCUGAAGUUCAAAAAGGGCUGAGGACCUAGACUUUCGAAAUUCAAUGCACAUCCGAUGACAGUCGAUGGAUCCAACUGGCUAAGCGAGUUGGAUCGGUUUUUAGCGAUUUUUAUUUUGUUGACGUUGAUUGAUAUAGUGUAGGUUUUUAUACGCGGAUUUGAUAAAGACUUUCGAAGUGUGAAGUGUGAUUGUGAAGAGCGGCUGAGAAAAAAUCGUUUUCUGGAAGUCUGUGCCACUUUUUGACAAUAGCGAGGAUAUCAGAUGUAAUGACGCUCCUUAUUUUCACUGCAGAAGACGAGCUCAUUCGAUCGGACCAUAUUCGUUAACAGACUUUUAUUGUAGACAGAUUUCUGUGAUAACGUAGAAAAAUGAUUUUUUGUUUUUGAAAAACGAUUUUCUCUCAGCGCGUGGGCAAUGAAAAUCAAGUGGUUACUAGUAUAAUAUUAUAAUGAUUUUGGCGUUUCUUUUUCAAAAUUCGUCGUUGAGUAACCAGUUUUUAGGUACGGUUAUGGUUUAUUCUUUGCUUUUCGAUUGCAUAUUACACGUGUCUUGCCAUUUUUUUACCACACGAACGAAUUGUUAUAUGGAAAUUUAGAUAGCGUUAAAACGAAGUGUGAAACAGUUGCGAAAAAAAUCUAGAGAAAUUUUUGGAUAAUUCGUAGAAGAUGAAUAUUUUAUUUUAUUUUGACAUUGAAAUUAAAGACAAAAAAUCGAGUGUUAGAAAUUAAGAAUCGACGAUUUAUAAAGAUUCAUGAUUCGGUGCAACCGGUAAAAAUAUUUUAUUCUUCUUGACACUUCAUUUUUUAGUCAAAACAAUAUACUUCGUUACUUUUUCUUCUUAUGAUUUCACAGUUUUUUUUAUCGAUAAUUUAAUUUAUUGUAAAGUGGUGCUGUUUUAACAGAAAUUCCGGAAUACUUCUAAGGAUAGAAAACAGUAAUCCAACUCAUAUACGUGUCUGGUGCAUACGCCGAUUUCUUGCUAACCGCAGUGAACGUAUAAUGUAUAUUUAUUUAAUUGCUCUCUCUCUUCGAUUCCCUCAGCUCGUGUGUCUUGAUUUUUAAGGAAAAUCAAGAAGACAUCGUAGAAAAUAUUCUUGUACAGUGUAGGUUUAAGUGUAAAAAUACCAAAACGGGAUGAAUGAAGAAUAUAGCGAGUCAUCGUAAGUCCUAUAUACGAGAUAUACUGUAUACGCACACACCCGUAAAUGACUUGUUAGAAUUAUUAAUUUUUAUGCAAGGUUUCGGCUUAUUUUUAUCAGUAACGCCUCAGCGCGUGCUAUCUAUGUAAUAGAAAAAGGCUUAUCGUUAGGAAAGAAGCUGUAAACGAUAUUUUGUUCAUUUUUUUCAAGGCAGGUCCGUAUUUUUCUAAUAAGUAAAUAGAGUUAGAUCAGUAUUUGUCAAGUUAAGUCUUUUUUGUACAGCCUUAUGUUUAUGGAGACUAAGAUAUCUUUUAAUAAAGCGACAUAAAAAAAAA